GGCCUCGCCGAGCCCAGAAAAACGACAACGCGAGAAAAAUUAGUAUUUUUGCACUUCACAAAUUAAUGACCAUGAGUUCGUUUUUGAUAAACUCCAACUACAUCGAGCCCAAAUUCCCUCCCUGCGAGGAGUACACGCAGCACAGCGGCAGCGCCGGCAGCUCCGCCGGCUACCACCCGCACCACCCGCACCCGCACGCCCCGCCGCCGCCGCCGCCGCCGCCGCACCUGCACGCCGCGCACCCGGGCCCGGCGCUGCCCGAGUACUUCCCGCGGCCGCGCCGGGAACCGGGCUACCAGGCUCCUGCGGCGCCGCCGGGGCCGCCGCCGGGGCCGCCUCCCGAGGCGCUCUACCCCGCGCAGGCACCCUCCUACCCCCAGGCGCCCUACAGCUACAGCAGCGCCGGCAGCGCCGCCCCGGGCCCCGAGCAGCCGCCCCCGGGCGCCUCGCCGCCGCCGCCGCCGCCGCCGCCGCCCGCCAAGGGCCACCCCGGCCCGCCCCAGCCCCUGCUCCCAGGCCAUGCCCUGCAGCGCCGCUGCGAAGCGGCCCCCGCCGCCGGGGCCGGCACCGGGCCUGGCUGCCCGCUGCUGCCCGACAAGAGCCUGCCCGGGCUGAAGGGGAAGGAGCCGGUGGUCUACCCCUGGAUGAAGAAGAUCCAUGUGAGCACGGUCAAUCCCAAUUACAACGGAGGGGAGCCCAAGAGGUCUCGCACUGCCUACACCAGACAGCAGGUCCUGGAGCUGGAGAAGGAGUUCCACUUCAACCGCUACCUGACCAGGAGGCGACGCAUCGAGAUCGCGCACACCCUCUGCCUCUCCGAGCGCCAGGUCAAGAUCUGGUUCCAGAACAGGCGCAUGAAGUGGAAGAAAGAUCAUAAACUGCCUAACACAAAGAUGCGCUCCUCAAACCAGUCCACACUGAGCCAGCAGUCCAAAGCACAGACACAGGGCCACCCCCAUCCGCUCGAUGGGGCUACACCCAAUGCAGCCGCGCUAUAAAUACUGUUUUUU